CUUCUCAGUGAGCCGAGUUUAUUAAUUUAUUAUUCAUGAUUAUGAAAUUAGUUAUAGAACUGACAUAGUGAUUGUUUGUGUUUGAAAUCAGCAAAAAAAAGGUACGACUAGCGUGUUACGUCAAAUUACUAGAUUAAGUUCGAAGAUGUGCGGGCCAGCUACAGUGCACGGAAAAUCAUCACCAUUGCCACUUGGGAAGAGAACCGUGGUGCUUUUCUUCAUUCUUGUAGGCUGCUUUCUUCAGGGUUCGACCUAUUCUCAUCUAACAUCGUUCUUCAACAAGUAUGCUCUUGUUGAAAAAGACCUUUCCUCCAGUCAGCACGGGAUAAUUAUGGGAUCUUACUGCUUCGUCAUUAUAUUUGUAACACCAAUCACCGCGAAGCUAGUUACAACGCGACGUUUCAUGGACAAAAUGAUCCUAUUCUUUGGCUGGGCAGUAGACGCGAUUUUCUGCAUGGUCAUGGCCGCAGUAAGUAAAGUACCAAGCGGCUAUCCAUUUUUCGGGUCUGCUCUUGCCAUGCGCCUUUUAGAAGCUAUCGGCUGUGCCAUAGGUUUCUUCAUGCUGUAUAUCAUUGUUGGCGCUGAGAUGAGCGAGAUUAAUCAUAUCGUCAUUCCUAUCAUUGAGACAGUAUACGGGGUAUCUGUUAUGGUAGGGCCAGCAAUAAGUGGCAUACUCUACGAUUAUGGCGGAUUUACCCUGCCGUUCCUGACGUUAGGCGGAGCACUUCUGGUGUUAACCGUUCUGGGUCUCCUCAUUUUUCCUAAGCCAAGACCGAUUCCACUCGACACGGUGAAUGAUAAGCCGCCCAGUAUGUGGUCAGCCAUGAAAGCCCCGAUUAUCAUGAACAUCAUCUGCGCGUUUAACACGUCCAUGCUCGUUUCGUUUAACGAAUCGACGUUGGCGUUCCGACUUAACGAAAAGUUCGGAAUGAGCGCGUCGGAAUCCGGCUUCGUGUUUUUUUAUGCUGGUAGUUUGUAUGCUUUUUCAAGCUUAGUUCUCGGUUACCUGUCGCGCAAAGUGGCAGAUCCGCGUUGUCUAGUUCUACCAGGCCAGAUUCUCAUCGUAGUGGCACUGGCCAUUCAGGCACCCCUGAUGCCUAUCAAACAAACAAGGCAAACGAUUUAUAUGGCGCAGGCUCUUUUCGGAUUCGGCACAGGGCCCGCAUAUGUCUGCUGUUACCUACACUCGCUGAAGUACCUCGCUAAUGGAGCCGAAACAAAAGAGACGUACGCGGUACUAUCAGCCAUUUUCACGCCGAUGACUGCUUUAGGUAGCACGCUUGGCCCGCUUGUCGCUGGAAUUAUUCUAGAUUUCUCUAGCUAUGAAACAGUGGUCGCCGUGAACACUGCGCAAACGAUCGUUGUAACCUUAGGUUUUGUAGCGGCCAUAUUCUUCACUAAGUCUAAUGUCCCUUCAAAGCCACCACCAGCAUAAAUUAAAUUAAUAUAUAAGUAGACAAAAUAACAAUUGAUAUAAAAUUCUAGUGUAAUAAAUUGUUCCAUAUCCAUAACUAAAACUGUAUUUUUAAUGAAACCGUUCAGGUAGCCAAUCGAAUGUAAUUUUAUAUUCCUCUUUGAACCACAUAUAUACGGUCCUUAACGUAUCGCGAAUAGCUUAAAACUGAUCAUAAGGUUUACGUAAUUAUAUAAUAGAUAACAUUUUAUGGAAUGUUAAACAAAGGUAAUUAUAUAUUCGUCAUCAUAAUACGGGUGGUAUCCGGGCUUGUUAGCCGUUCAGUUACUUUAAGUUGUUGAUUGUUCUCUGUUGAUUUAGUCCGGAAUAAGCAAAUGCUGUGUGCAGAAUUGAAACAAGCGGAGAAGAAAGCACUAGACGGUGUGUAAGACCAGUGGUGCCGAAUAAGUAAUUUAUUCCAGGGACCCCAAAAAUAGCAGCGGAGUAGUUUGGCGCGGUUGCCAAAGGUUGCUUAAUUGCUAUAAUAAUCAACUAGCACGAAGUCCUUGACGUUAUCGUUAUUUGAAAGUGUGCCAGUACCCCGAUACAGAAAUUGUCCAUGUGUCUAAGACUUCGAAAAAAGGCUACGUUCGACAAAGUGCUACAGAAAGUUUUGGGACUUGAAAAAUGGGCAUUACGUAUAUUUGUUCAGCUAAGUGCGUACAGACACUUGAGACAAAGGCAGGAAUAUGAAAGUUCUAGCUAGUGUCGGAGACCACACAAAAAACUGAUUCGACAGCAGCGCCAAACGCCAUCAUGUCGACAGCUAUUAGCGUGUUCUACGGGGACGUAUCACACACUGCGUGCUUUGUGCUGGUGCUGAUAAAAAGGCACGCAGCAAAACGUAGAUCUGUUGCGAGAAGGACAGGACCCCUUAGAGAAAAGGUCCGAACUAGGACAGAGUGGGAUACAUGAGAUUAGAGAGAGAGGCGUCAACUGCGAUAACGGAUAUGUCGUAACUACAUCUAUAAAGCCAAAUAUACUUCUGGCAACCGUCUGAGAAGUUGUUCGUCAAUAUAUGCAAAAUUAAAGGUACGACGGGUGCCAAUGAUUGACUUGGCCUUUUCGUGCACAGUGAUACGGCUAAGAAGUAGUCCGCUAGGUAACGUCAAGCUGUCCACAAAUGCACCUGGACACUAUCCCGCCUGCCUCCUAUUCCUCGAAGCACUGCAUCGAAGCUGAAGGCAAGGUAACCUAUCAGAUGAAGACUAACGAUAAUAUCACGGAGUUCCGGGCAUGGGUAGUAAUGACAAAUCAAAAAGUUCUUGAGAAUUUUCAGAUAUCUGCGCUUCGUGUUCAAUUGGCUGCUCAGGGUGAUUUAGCUUCAUCAUGAAAGGAACAGAAUCGAGGUGAGCUAAAACUACUCCUAGAAAGACUAUAAAAAACAUGCGCUUGACAGCUUUCCGCAGCAGACAAUAAUAAACUGAAGCUGGAGCUAAAAGAGGCCGGGCCUGAAUACCCUAGGCUGUGACGUCAGAAGCCGAAACGAAACAUAACAUAGACCGGCCGAAGGAGCAUUCGAAAACAUGGUUUAUUUAUUGACGCAUAUUUCCAGCUUCGGCUUAGAAAUGGUGGUCAGGAAUUAACGUGGAGCGGUGCGUCGGCUGUAUGACAUGUUGAUCGCAAGUUCGGGCGACGAUCCAUAAGAUCACCUUAAUCAAGUUAAACACGUUCUAUGCAAAAUGUUCUCGGACAACUUUCUCAGGAAGGAGUAAACCAAUGGCUGAUAACGCCGUCGAAAAACGCUCAAAUGGAUCACAUUUAGGCCUGAUCAGCUACUAAAUCCGUUUUACUUUUAACCUACCUGCAAUUUGCGUAUGAUUCGAUGACCGGAAGUGUAGCAUUUUUAUACAAGUUGGAACAAAAUAAGGAUUGUAAAGUCUCACACAAUCUGACAUAUAUUGCAAGUCCUGUCGAGACCGACGCAGUUUCGUGCCAUGCCAUCACUGGUUGCAAGCAGCAUACUGCACUUGAGUCGAAAAUGCCGUAUGUCGUAAAGUCACGUAAGAUUGAAUACAGGGCGUACAAGGAUCACAUCAGGCAAAGAAGCCUGCAAGCGGCAGAUUAUGAUAUUACUAACUAAUUAUUUUAAUUUAUGUGUACCAAAAACAUUAUCCAUUAAAUAAAUGUAAAUAUAUUUAUUGAAUGUAAUAUUACUAUUGUAGGUUAUAUUCCAGCGUUUGAUUUUUAGUGAAAUGAAAGACAGAGAAGCUUGCAUAUUUAUUAACGGUUAUCAAUAGUAGUAUAUUUGUCUUUUGUAAAUAUGUAUUUAACGGCGCCCCGUAUGGAGUAAGAAAAACUGCAAAAAAGCGAUAUCAGCUAUCAUGUAUGCAAGGGGAGAAUGGAAUAAAACUUUUGUUAGUAAUCAAAACUAAAUCACUUACGAUAAUUCCUUAUUUUCAUUGAAAAUUGUCGCAUUUUAAGGCCAAAUCAAUCCGUUUUCAA